AACCGGAAGCAAUUGUCAACAGAACGUAAGGGAGGGACGUUCACUCAUAGUAAACCCAAUACAAACGUCCGCACAAUCAUCACAACAUCGUAGGGUAGUUUUGUCAACAUGACAGAAAUCUUCUCCUCGCUGUACGGUCAGCCUGAUUCCCAGGGUCCAUCAGGACCGUCUGCGCUGGGCUUUGGAUCUGGGAAACCUCAGGUACCCCAAAACAUGGGCCCGAUCUGUUUCCCGCAUCAGAUGGGGGAUGAGGGGGGUCCGAUCAGAAAACCCUCCGCGAUGAACGAGCCCUUCUACCUGCUGCGAGAACUGCCCAUGGAGAAUGAGCUGACGGGACACACUAAUCUCAUCACACACUACAACCUGGAGCACGCUUAUAACAAGUUCUGUGGAAAGAAGGUGAAGGAGAAACUCAGCAAUUUUCUUCCGGAGCUUCCUGGUAUGAUUGACAGCCCAGGCAUUCAGGACAACAGCUCUCUGCGCUCUCUCAUUGAGAAGACGCCAGUGUGCAACAACUCUUUCAGUCCUCUCACUGGGGUCAUGCUCACCGGCUUCAGGCUACACACUGGCCCAUUGCCAGAGCAAUACAGACUGAUGCACAUUCAACCGCCGAAGAAGAAGAACAAACACAAACAUAAACAUCAUCGGCCUCAGGAUCCUUUACCACCAGAAACUCCAUCAGAUUCAGACCAUAAGAAGAAAAAGAAAAAGAAGGACGAUGAUCCAGACAGAAAGAAAAAGAAGAAAGAUAAAAAGAAAAAGAAGAAUCGCCAUAGUCCUGAUCACCCAGGCAUGACUGGAGCUCAACCCAGCAGCAGCAGUUUAAGAUAAGAACUUCCUUGAUGGCAGAAAAACCAGGAACUAAAGGAGUUAAAGUGAUACACAAGCUGGAAAAUUGGGCCUUAAAGGGCCAGUUACAGUGAGAGUCAGAUUUGUGUGUAUAUGUGUCAGAGUAUAUUAUUACAUAAUUUACCUGGUAAACCAUCAUAUCUGUUGCAUUUGUAAGUGUAUAAGUGCCUCUGUAUCUAUUUAUGAGAUUGAUGAAUAAUGGAACAUUUUUCAUUCAAUUUUUUUAACCUUUUUUACAAAUAAAACACAAUCAGCCGAGAAUGGGGUGGUUUUUGUGACAAAAUCUUUGUAUUUAUUAGAUUUUUCCCCCCCUUCAGGCAUAUUUACAGUCACGAGCACAAUGCAAGCACCAUUAUGUUGAAAAAAAUCACUAGAAUCAUUGAAACUUUUGAGCACAUGAUCACAGCUCUGUAACAUACAGAACAGUACUUUUGAAACAAAAAAAAUAUAGUGCAAUACCGGCAUCUGCAAUAAAAACACUACUUUGUAUUUACCAGUUGUCACAUAAAGCUGAAUGUCCAUCAGGUUUAGUGAGAGUGGGAUGUGACAAAAAGUUAUUGACAAUGAAAAGAUCUACUCCAGACCUAAGGUUUAAAAUGAAAAUGAUCCAUGUCAUGGUAAAGUGAGCGUUACAUGAAACCCUGCCUCGUUUACCUGCCCUGAGUCAUAAUGGGACAUUAGUUUUACCCAUACAGCAAAAUUCCACUAAAUGACACAUUAUUUAAAAAUAGUGACUAUUCAUACUAGUGAAUUUGAAUAUGUCUGUGACCCGCACAUACAUAAUGAUGAACAUAUCAUGGUAGAAUACGAGUUUACGGUCAAUUGUGAAACCUCUGACAGAGGCUUCUUGAAUGAGACAUGGAGGUCACGUUUCCUUCUGAAACUAUCUCAGUAAGUUGGAUCAAGUUUUUCUGAAAGAAUAAACACUAAAUGAUUGUCUUUGGUAUAACAUGCACUGAUAAAUUAUGCACAAUAACACUGCGAACAAAUAUUAAAAAGUAGAUUUAGAUUUCAUACUGUCGACAUUUAACCCCUCCUUGUUGUUUUACAACCAUUUUCCUGGACAUUUCAAAGUGUCAAUGUAAUAACGGACAAAACAGUGUUUCCGCAGCCAAACAACAUAUUUUAGGCGCUAGCAUAAUGUUUUUAUGUUUGGUGCAACCACGAAAAUACUGUAAAUGUCGUUGUGAUGGUGAGACUUUUAAGUCU